UCCUUUUUCUUCCCUUUGUGCGACACCUGUUCUUUUUCUUUCUUUGGGAUGGACUUUGGGUUCUUCUCUGAUCAGUGGUUAUCUAGACUUCAAUUCCUCAGUCGUGUUGUUUUUCAGUUGUCGAUAGUUCGUUCAUAUCAAAUUUUGGUGAAGACAAAGACGUGUCUAUGGUUUUUGUCUGAAGUUUCAUUUGUUGGUUCGCUUAGUGGCUACAGUGUUUGUGCCGGUAAGAUUUUCUUCUCUUAUGCAUGUAUUCCCUUUUCUUCCAUGUUUUUUUUAUGGAGUGAUGAAUUUUUUCCCAUUUGGUGUUGUUGAAGUUGUGGCGUGUUGUGUCUGUUUGUGCUUGUGUUCCCUCAUUCAACAUUUUGGUUUGCAUUAGUAUGGAGGUUGGGGAGCGCAGUAAGAUAAAUAGGUCUAAACGGAGAAAUUGGUGAACGAGUAUUUGUUUAAGAGGAGAAAGAUAUCUACUUGGAGUUCUGUUCCUGGUGUUCACAAUAACUCUGACUUAGUCUCUGACAUAGCAACAAAUGACCAAAACCUUGAUUAUGUCGUUGAAAAUGAUAUUGUUAUUCACUCUGGCAGCGAAGUUAAUAAAAUUUUGAAUCUUGGCUUGCCAGACUUAACAUGUCAAUUUUGCAGUGCCAUAUUUUGGUAUGCUGAGCGUGUUAAAUCUAAUUCUUUGCGUAGGCCAGUUUAUAAUAAAUGUUGUCGAAGAGGGAAAAUAAAUCUGUCUUUGUUAAGAUCAACACCUUUGUUGCUUGAUAAAUUGUUAGAUUGCGAAGGGCCACCACGUAACAAGAAAUUCCAAAAAUAUAUUAGAAUUUAUAAUUCGAUGUUUGUGUUUACCUCUCUUGGUGGAAAGAUUGAUCGAACCACAAAUGAUUCUCAAGGACCUUUUGUUUUUAAGCUUGGUGGGCAAAGUUAUCAUCGAAUUGGAUCUUUGCUUCCUAUGGAUGGUGAAGCGCCAAAGUUUACUCAGUUGUACAUACAAGACACUGACCAUGAAGUUUUUGAUAGGAUGAUGGUUGUCGGUUCUGAUGAUAAUGAUUCUAUAGAAGGAGAAAUUGUUAGGGAGUUAAUGCAUAGAUUCAUUUCAAUUAAGAUCCCAAAUGAAUCAACUGAGUCAUUGAUAUUUGAGACAGUCAAAAAGUUUAUGGUUCAUGGUCCUUGUGGUGUGGCUAGACCUUCAUCACCGUGUAUGUCUGAUGGACGAUGCACCAAGCAUUAUCCAAAGUCUUUUCAUCAGGAAACAAUGACUGAUGAAAAUGGUUUUGCUCUGUAUAGGCGCCGAGAUGAUGGAAAGACAAUAUUCAAAAAUGGACAUGCGUUGGACAAUAGAUUUAUUGUUCUAUAUAACAAGGUUUUGUUGCUUCAAUAUCAAGCCCAUGUUAAUAUUGAGCGGAGUAACAAAUCUACAACUAUUAAGUAUCUUUUUAAGUAUAUAAAUAAGGGACCAGAUAGAAGCAGAGCAAUGUUGGAAAAGGAUGUUUUGCUGAAUGCUCCAACUGAAGAAAGAUGAACAUGCAUGGUUAUUGACAAAAUAAAGCAUUAUAUGGAUUGGAGAUAUUUAACAGCGUAUGAAUUAGUUUGACGCCUUUUUGAAUACCAUAUUCAUUUUAGACGUCCAUCUGUUGAGCGGUUACCAAUUCACCUACCUUUUCAGUAGAAUAUUUACUAUGAUGAUCUUAGAAGUUUGUCAAGCAUAAUUCAACAACCAGAUGUCGAGAAGACAAUGUUGACGGAGUGGAUGCGUACGAACCCUUUGAGUGAAUCAACAAAGAACCUUACUUAUAGUCCAUUUCCUUCAGAAUGGGUUUGGAAUGCUAAAUAUAAGGAGUGGAUUCCAAGGCAGCGAGGGCAAUCAAUUGACAAAAUGUUUUAUGUACACCCAAAUUCGGGUGAAUUAUACUAUCUUCGUUUGAUGCUGAAUGUGCACAAAGGUCCUACAAGUUAUGUGGAUAUUAGAACGGUUGCAGGAUUUGUUCAUUCGACAUUUCAAUCUACUUGCAUGGUACUUGGGAUGCUUGGUAAUGACAAAGAAUAACAUGAUGUAAUGGAUGAAGCAUAUGUGCUUGCAACUGGGCCACAGUUGAGACAACUCUUUGUUACGUUGAUUAUUUUUCUAUCAUGUAAGUGACUCAUUAAAUC